AUGCGCGAUGACGGGUUUGCAGCGGCUGUGCGAGCCCUGGCUGAGAGCGUGGGGCAGAGCGAUGCCGAAGCCCAGGAUUUCAUUGCUGCGUUCCCACUCGAGACCUGCUUCCGAGAGCUGAGCGGGCCCGAUGUGAGCGCCUCGCUGAUGGAGGACGCAGCAGCCGCCCUUGCCAAGGUCUUUGGCACCAGCUACGGCGCCUCCCUGCUGCCCAGCAUCCUGCCACUCGCGGCUGCCGCCCUUCAGUCGCCCUCCGUGCCGCUGCGGCGCCUGGCGGUGCAGCAGCUGGGCCGCCUGGUGGCCGCCCAGGAGGAGCCGCCUCCGGCGUGCCUGGACCUGUUAAUGGCGGCGCUUCAGGACCCAGAAGUGGGGGUGACCUCGGCGGCAGAGGCAGCCCUGAGGCAGCUGGGCAGGCCGCAGGCGGGUGCGCAGGCGCUCCUGCCGCAGCUGCUGCGGCGGGAGCACCCCUGGGGCGGCGCGCUGGCGGCCCUGGCCGCCUGCCACGACCCGCUGCUGCGCAUGCGGGCGCUGACGCUGCUGGUGGCGCUGGCGGCGGCGUCGCCGGCAGCGGCGGCGGCGGUGCGACGGUCGGGCCUGCUGGAGCCGCUACUGGCUGAGCUGGAGGACCCGG